CCCUCGUCUCAUAUGUAGUCCGUUGGUUGUUGCCGACGACGACAAGCCGUACCAACAGCACUUUCCCUACUUCAUUUUUCAACUUUGACCUCUUUCCCUGUUUAUUAUUAAGUCUAAACUUAGUACUACUCCAUUAAUUUAAUUAAAUCUCUCCCGUUCUUUUUUCUAAACAUACAUCAUAGUGCACGAUCUUGCAAACAUUACAUACCACACAAUACAACAAGCUACGUGUCUGUUGCGGGAAAUCCGUAAUGGUUUUUAUUUUUUGUCUGCCUGAUAUGUUUUCAUCCACUAUCCUUUAAGUCUUGGACCUACGCGUAGCGAGGUGAAUGCACAACUUUAUUUAGGAUUUACUUCCCGCCCUCGUACUCCCUUUUUUCGUGCCUGAUUACUGUCGCCUAGAGCGGCGUUUACACCCCUCCGAGCCUUUCUCUAGCAGCCAUAAAUCACGAUGGCGUCCGACUUAGCACCCCCAGCAAACUCUCCAGCCGACUCAAACUCUGAGACCUUUACCCUACAAAUCCUAUCGCCUUCUGUAGGCAUACCGCAACCACUAGCGCUCCAGAAGCUUCCCAUAGGUACCACUGUUAAACAGCUAAAGGAGCGCAUCCGAGAUGUUGUUAGCACUAAACCUGCUGACCAGGCGCAGCGUCUCAUUCAUAGAGGCCGUUUGUUGGCCCGUGAUAACGAGACGAUGACUGACAUCUUCGGUCAGGAAGCGCUGCGCUCUACGGAUCACCAGACGUUACAUCUAGUGUUGCGGGAUCUUUCUGACGGCCGACCAACGCCCACGCCAACUCCUCCAAACCAGAGCACUACUUUGGGUCAACCCUCGACUGGGGUGAACCCUCUUCCCCAGCACCAGCUGCAUCCCAACACUAAUCCUUUCCAACCCGAGCCUCAGGCGCGCACUGGAAUCCCUCAUUACCACGGCCUAGGCUUUGGUUCUCAAAGGCCUGUUCCUGGGAUGCCGGCUGUAGGCCAACCAAUGGUCCUUCCGCCUGGCCUUUCCCCGCAGCAGUAUAACCAGUGGGUAAGAGCCCUGAAUGCUCACGUAGGAGCUCGCGAUCAUAAUCAACGAACGGCUACGCCAGGGGCGCAGGAUAUACCUACUGCCAGCGCAAGGGGAACACCAGGAAUGAGUACACCUGGAAGGAUAGCUUCACCGUUCCAGUCAGAGAUGACGCGUACCACAAUCAGUGAGAGAACCGAUCCUAAUGGAUUACACUGGCGAAUAACUUACAACGAAACAUUUGCGAAUCCGCUACAGCGACCAGGAAAUGCUUGGGGUUCUCAAGCACGCUCUGUUCCGAAUGGGAGCCAGCUUUACGACAAUGAAGCACAGGAUAUUCUGCGAGCUGCGGAUACUAACGCGGCAACUAGGGUCAUGGCUGAUGCCAUGCGAAGGAAUGCUAGCAGCUCUUCCCUAGCAAGUCUUGCAACCGGCCAAGCUCAGUAUCCUAUUCCGCCUGGGGUUACUACGCCGUUGAUUCCAUCUCGAGCGGGCAGCGCUACUGCUACACCAGAUCCCUUUAGAGCAGCUGGUCAACCCAGAAGCCUACCUGUACACCAAAUUCAGACGCAUUCAUCUCAAAACACACCAGAGGUGUAUAUCCUCUCUUCCCCUAGUGGACCUCGUGCCUUGUUGCUCAACGGCGGCUUAGAGACGUACUUCAGCUCUCCAGCUCGAACCGUAAAUCCACCUAUGAGUGUACCAUUUGCGCAGAGACAGUAUCCACUUACAUUUGCCAAUGCUUUCCAUCCGCAAUACACGGCGCCGGCACCAGCGCCAACCCAACCGCAAAUGCCUCCAGCCGGACGAAGCCACAUAGGCGACUACCGAGGACAUAAUGCUGCUCAACCACAGCAACAUCAGGCUCAACCACAGCAUGGCUUACCUCAGCCCCUUCAGAUGCCACAUAUAGGACAUGCUGUAGCUCGUGCAGACAACCCACAAAUUCAGGCUAUUAGAAUAGCUCAUUUAUGGCCGCAUGUCUGGUUGGUCGCUCGUAUUGGCUUCUUCAUCUGGUUGUUCUCAUCGCCAAGAUCUAGCUGGUCUCGGUUUUUUUUCAUGAUUGGCGCCGCAGUCAUCAUGUUUCUCGCCCGCACUGGCCUUUUGAAUCAACUGUGGGUCCCUUUCCGCCAACGCUUGGAGAACUUGAUACCUCCAGCCGACGGCCACCAGGACGCAGCAGUACAAGUAGACGCACGAGACAGGGACGUCCAGGGCGGAAAUGGUGUUGUGGCGGAUGGACAACAGCAAAGGGAACUACAUCCGGCUGAUACGGCAGCCAGGCUGGUGCAGCAGCGACGUCAUGCGAAUGCUAACUGGUUGAUGGACCAAGUUAGGAGGUUAGAACGUGCUGGUAUCCUAUUUAUUGCUAGUAUCGCUCCAGGAGUUGCCGAGCGGCAUAUCGCGCAAGUUGAAUCCGAGGCACGGGCUGAGCGUAGACGACGGGAGGAGGCCGAAGCUGCCGCUGCCGCUGCCGCUCAGCAAUCUGAGAGACCAGAUGAUGCAGAACAGGGCGGAGAUAGUGAUACCACCACUGCCACCGCUAGUGAGGAGUUAGGAGGUAACGAGAGACCGCCUGCUGCGGAAGAGCCGCUCAUUGACAUAUAAACUUACUGGCGGGCACCAGUAAUACGAUACUUCAUCAAGAGGCGAGGCAUGAUAAGAGCUGCAGAAGUUUGCGAAUAUUUCAUAUUUCACAAGACGCAAUCUAUGUGUCUUGCAAUAAAAUGAAAAAGAAGUCGGUCAAAAAUGGCAUUGGAGGGACCUCAGCUCAAAGCCGAGGCCGUUUUGUAAAAUCUUCGAAUAGCGCGUUUUGUGUACAGCGUGUAUGUACCUAUGUAUGUUUCUUUCUGGAGUUGGCGCUUGCGUGUGAGCGAGGGAAGCGUGUAUCAAUGAAUAACAGCCUGAUGAGGGUCGAGGGUUGGUUGUGCAUUAAGAAACAGGCAAACAGUCAGAAAGGCAGGAUAUGACGUGAGCGAUCAUGUCGAAUAAGACUUUUACUCCAGGACGGUUACUUCUUGUGUCUUUCAGGUCUGAGAUCUAUAUUAUUAUGAUAGAUAGAAUAUGCCAUGUGUGAAGCCCACCUCGUCUACGAUCUCUCUUUAGGUUUAAUUCCUAUACCUCGUGGUUAGAGGGAUGAAAUUCUUGUUUAAUAGUGUAGGUUCGGAAAUAACACGCCAAUAAAGUCGACUAUAUUCUCACUACUAAGUACCUAAGCAGUCAAUCUACUCUACUCAACGCAGUCUAUUCUAACUCAACCUACCCCCUUUCAUGUUUUGCGUAUCCAUAGUAAGUCCCAACAGGAAAAGCGAUAGAAAGAGUAAAUCCUCUCGUAGGCAAAUCAGCAAC